AUGGAAAAUGAACCAGACCAUGAAACUAUGGAACAAAGCUUUGGUGCCAAGACUACUGAAGAAGAGCUGAAUAAGUCUUUCAGCCUAGAAGCUUCACUUUCAAAAUUCUCCUACAUAGAUUUGGACAAGGAAUUGGAGUUCAAAAAUGACAUGAUUGAUGACAAGGAGUUUGAUAUUCCUCAAGUUGAUACUCCUCCAACACUGGAAAGCAUAUUAAAUGAGACUGAUGAUGAAGAGGAGUCUUUUGUUCUCGAGGACCCUACUUUGUUAAACAUUGAUACUGUUGACUCUCACUCUUACGAUACUUCCUCUGUGGCAAGCUCAGACAGUGGUGACAGGACAAACCUAAAAAGGAAGAAGAAAUUACCUGAUAAUUUUUCACUCCAUGGAUCAGUUAUGCGACAUUCUCUUCUGAAGGGAAUUUCUGCCCAGAUAGUGUCUGCAGCUGACAAAGUAGAUGCUGGUUUGCCUACAGCAAUUGCAGUGUCCAGUCUGAUAGCAGUCGGUACAUCCCAUGGAUUGGCUUUAAUAUUUGGUAAAAUUUUAACUAUUAAGAUUCCUCUGAUCACCAUGUGGGAUUUGGCCAGUGGAAAACUUCUAAGAUCAAUAACAGAUGCACAUCCUCCAGGGACAGCAAUCUUGCACAUCAAGUUUACAGAUGACCCAACACUUGCAAUUUGCAACGACAGCGGAGGCUCUGUGUUUGAACUGACAUUUAAGAGAGUGAUGGGAGUGAGAACAUGUGAAUCCAGAUGCCUGUUCAGUGGUUCUAAAGGUGAAGUUUGCUGUAUCGAGCCUCUGCAUUCUAAGCCGGAGUUGAAAGAUCACCCCAUCACCCAGUUUUCAUUAUUGGCCAUGGCAUCCCUAACAAAGAUCCUGGUCAUUGGAUUGAAACCGUCCUUGAAAGUGUGGAUGACUUUUCCAUAUGGACGGCUGGAUCCUUCUAGUGUUCCGUUGCUGGCCUGGCACUUUGUGGCAGUGCAUAACUAUGUGAAUCCCAUUCUUGCCUUCUGCAGAGGAGAUGUGGUUCACUUCCUAUUGGUUAAGCGAGAUGAAUCUGGAGCAAUACAUGUUACUAAGCAAAAGCAUCUUCACCUGUAUUAUGACCUUAUCAACUUUACUUGGAUAAACUCACGCACAGUUGUGCUCUUGGACAGCGUGGAGAAGCUGCAUGUGAUUGAUCGCCAGACUCAAGAGGAAUUGGAAACAGUGGAAAUCUCAGAAGUUCAGCUGGUCUAUAAUAGCAGCCAUUUCAAAUCAUUAGCCACUGGAGGAAAUGUUAGCCAGGCACUGGCUUUGGUUGGAGAGAAGGCUUGCUAUCAGUCCAUCAGUAGCUAUGGUGGUCAGAUCUUUUAUUUGGGGACAAAAUCUGUUUAUGUGAUGAUGCUGAGGAGCUGGAGAGAGAGAGUAGAUCAUCUCCUGAAGCAAGAUUGUCUUACGGAAGCCUUGGCUUUGGCAUGGUCUUUCCAUGAAGGAAAAGCAAAAGCUGUAGUGGGAUUAUCAGGGGAUGCCAGUAAGCGAAAAGCUGUUGUUGCAGAUCGGAUGGUUGAAAUCCUAUUCCAUUAUACAGAUCGAGCUCUGAAAAAAUGUCCAGACCAGGGAAAAAUCCAAGUGAUGGAGCAACACUUUCAGGACAUGGUGCCCAUCAUAGUAGAUUACUGCCUUCUGCUGCAGCGAAAGGAUCUUUUAUUUAGCCAGAUGUAUGACAAAUUAAGUGAGAAUUCAGUGGCCAAAGGAGUAUUUUUGGAGUGCCUUGAACCAUAUAUCUUAAGUGAUAAAUUGGUGGGGAUCACACCCCAGGUAAUGAAAGACUUGAUUAUACAUUUCCAAGAUAAAAAGUUAAUGGAAAAUGUGGAAGCCCUCAUUGUACAUAUGGAUAUCACCAGCCUAGAUAUACAGCAGGUAGUUCUCAUGUGCUGGGAAAAUCAUCUGUACGAUGCUAUGAUCUAUGUCUACAACAGAGGCAUGAAUGAAUUUAUUAGUCCAAUGGAGAAACUUUUCAAAGUCAUUGCUCCUCCUCUGAAUGCAGGAAAGACUCUUACAGAUGAGCAAGUUGUUAUGGGCAACAAGCUUCUUGUAUAUAUUAGCUGUUGCCUAGCAGGUCGUGCCUAUCCCCUUGGAGAUAUCCCUGAAGAUCUUGUUCCUUUGGUUAAAAACCAGGUAUUUGAGUUUCUUAUACGUCUACAUUCAGCAGAAGCUUCCCCAGAGGAAGAAAUCUAUCCCUAUGUUCGGACUCUCUUACAUUUUGACACAAGAGAAUUUCUAAAUGUUUUGGCACUGACCUUUGAAGAUUUUAAAAAUGACAAGCAAGCUGUGGAAUAUCAGCAGCGAAUUGUGGAUAUUUUGUUGAAAGUUAUGGUAGAGAAUUCAGAUUUUACGCCCUCACAAGUAGGAUGUCUCUUUACAUUCCUUGCCCGUCAGCUUGCAAAACCUGAUAAUACACUGUUUGUAAACAGGACCCUAUUUGAUCAGGUCCUUGAAUUCCUCUGCAGUCCUGACGAUGACUCCCGACACUCUGAAAGACAGCAGGUUCUUUUAGAGUUGCUGCAGGCUGGAGGUAUAGUUCAAUUUGAAGAGAGUCGGCUCAUCCGAAUGGCAGAAAAAGCUGAGUUCUAUCAAAUUUGUGAAUUUAUGUAUGAACGAGAGCACCAGUAUGACAGAAUUAUUGAUUGCUACUUACGUGACCCACUGAGAGAGGAAGACGUCUUUAAUUACAUUCACAAUAUCUUAUCCAUUCCUGGACACAGUGCAGAGGAGAAGCAGUCUGUGUGGCAGAAAGCAAUGGAUCAUAUUGAGGAACUGGUAUCCCUCAAGCCCUGUAAAGCUGCAGAGCUGGUUGCUACCCACUUUUCUGGACAGAUUGAAACAGUCAUUAAAAAACUUCAGAACCAGGUUUUGCUUUUCAAAUUUUUGAGGAGCCUUCUUGACCCAAGGGAAGGUAUUCAUAUAAAUCCAGAACCACUGCAGAUAUCUCCCCAUAUUACAGAGCAGUUCAUUGAGCUAUUGUGUCAGUUCAACCCAAACCAAGUUAUAGAGACGCUGCAAGUCCUUGAAUGCUACCGUCUAGAAGAAACGAUUCAGAUUACCCAAAAGUACCAACUUCAUGAAGUCACUGCUUAUCUAUUGGAGAAAAAAGGAGAUGUUCAUGGUGCCUUUUUAAUAAUGCUAGAGAGACUGCAAAGCAAACUUCAAGAGAUAACCCAUGAAGGUGAAAGCUGCACUGCACUCUGGUUUCCAUUAUUGGAGGCAAUGAUGGCCCCUCAGAAGCUGUCCAGCUCAGCUGUACCUCAUCCACACUCUGAAGCUCUGAAAUCUCUGACCAUGCAAGUUCUAAACAGUAUGGCAGCAUUUAUCGCUCUUCCAUCAAUCUUGCAAAGAAUCUUACAGGAUCCAGUCUAUGGAAGAGGAAAACUUGGAGAAAUCCAGGGGCUAAUAUUGGGAAUGUUGGAAACCUUUAACUAUGAACAAACCCUGUUGGAAACAACUACUAGCCUUCUAAACCAAGAUCUCCACUGGUCAUUGUGUAACCUGAGAGCUUCAGUCACUAAAGGAUUGAAUCCCAAGCAGGAUUACUGCUCUGUAUGUUUACAGCAGUACAAGAGACGCCAAGAAAUGGCUGAUGAGAUUAUUGUCUUUAGCUGUGGCCAUUUGUAUCACUCAUUUUGUCUGCAAAACAAAGAGUGCACCAUAGAAAUUGAGGGCCAAACAAGAUGGACUUGCUACAAAUGCAGCUCAAGCAACAAAGUAGGGAAACUAACUGAAAAUUCAUCUGAAAUUAAGAAGGGAAGGAUAACCACAUCACAGGUAAAAAUGUCUCCACCCUGUCAUCCAUCCAAAGGGGACCAUGUGGCCAAGAAGGCAACCUCAGAACCUGUUCUGGAUCCACAGCAAAUCCAAGCAUUUGAUCAGCUUUGCCGUCUCUACCGAGGAAGCUCCAGGCUGGCACUCCUGACAGAGCUGUCCCAGAGCCGCGGCAGCGACAGCUACAGGCCCUUCAGUGGCUCCCAGAGCGGCCCUGCUUUCAGCAGCAUCUUCCAGAAUGAGAACUUCCAGCUGCACCUCAUUCCCCCUCCGGCCACCGAGGACUGA